UCAUCAGGUCAUCAUCAGCUUGCCGACCCCGUCCUGGCCCCCGAGGAGGUUCUGUUCGCCCGCAAGAACGCACCUCAGCGAUAUGCAGAAAAGGACACCUAUCUCGCUCACGAAGACCUCGUCGACAACGGUCGCGACAUUCUUCCCGAGAGCGAUAUGCUCAAGGCCGUUCACGCAUACACAGGACACUUCUAUGAAGCGAUGGCACAACGCCAUGAAAGAAAAGGCCGUGGGCACAUCCGGCGUGUGGAUGAGCGCAGCAUGGACGAGACUGCUCUACUGGCGUUCGGCAUACUGCUUGAAGAGGCUGCGAGGGACAGCCUGGGAAAGAGCGGGGAUCUUGUGUUCACCGAG